CUGUGUUUGCAGUCCUACUUGCUAGUGGUACUGCUCGCUAUUCCCUCCACUGGGUUCCUUUUUUUCCCCGCGCGGACUCCGAACCAUGGGCAGAAAGUAAUACACCGCAUGACCGCACCUGCCAACCCAAUAAUGCACAUCUCCUUCAGCUCUUCGGCAGCAACAGCCUCAGAUGUGGAAGCUUUAAACUCUGAAAGGUUUGACAGCCUCGUUAAGGAACUCCUCGCAGCCUCUGACCUUCCCGCCCUCGCUCUCAGCAAAGCCGACGCCUUCGACUACCACUUUAUGAGCCAUUUGAUGCAACGGUUGCAGGCUUCCACGGACGAUGAAGAAAUUGCGGCCUUGAACAAGGUUGGGGAGGCCGUCAAUUUCGCCAUGCAGCAGCGACUUGCGAAGGCCGACUUCAUCUUGAGGGGCAUCUUGAAGAGUGGGGACCUGAAGGUGAUGGAGGCGAAGAUGCGCAAACACCUGCGCGCCAACGAGUUGGACACGGCCUUCGACGUGAUCCUCAACUACAACGCCCAGCAAGCCCGCGAGCACGAGGGAAACGAAGCCGCCGCAAACAUCCUACAGCACUUGGCCACGCUUCUGGGCGAAGAAAGGGAUAAGAAGCUUCCUCCCCCCACGCGGCUCUUGCGCAUGCUCUUGCGCAGCACCGACGAAGCGGAGCGACAAGGCAUGCUCUUGGAGAAACUCCUGCUGGCGAGGCGGCCCGCGCGUCCGCGACGGGAGGAAGUGGCAGAGGGGGAAGGGGAGGAGGGAGAGGAGGAAUGGACCUGGGGUCCCCCGGAGGUGGCGCCGGAGGAUCUGCGACAGGCGUUGAGGGACUUCCUGGAGGAGGUCCAGGCGUUCGAGGAGGAGGUGGAGGCGGAGGUUGUGGACCGAGCCAAGGGGCUCGAGCGGGAGAUAUCGAUAGUGGUGCAGGCGUGUGGGUAAGGGCGGGGGGCACGGAGGGGGUGCAAGUAACCAGUAACGCCGGGCAGAAGGGUCCUUUCGAAGAAGAACGAGGGCGCCACGGAGCGGUCCGAUCACAGAGGAUCUCUUUUCCUUUCUAUCCACAGAGGCAAUUCCUAGACCGCGCACCAGAA